GAAGCGGCGGCGGCGGGGGAAGAUGGCGGCGCGGCGGGGCCCGGGGCCGGUGGCGGCGCUGGCUCUGCUGGCGCUGCUCGGCCCGGGGUGGCCCCUCCGCGGGGCCCGGGCCGCGCUCAACCUGCAGGAGCUCAGCGAGCUCAAGUACGGCCUCGAGAUCCUGGCCGAGCCCGUGCUGGCCGGGCAGCGGCAGGACGUGGUGACGGUGGCGUCGCGGUUCAAGCAGCGCUACGAGUGCCGCCUGCCCCCCGCGGCCGUGGGGCCCCCCCCGGGCCCCCCCCGCGACCCCCGGCUCUACAACGGCUCCGGCGUGGCCGAGCUGCUGCGGCCCAUGGGCACGGCGCCCUGCCUGCUCAAGACCAAGGACUGGUGGACGUACGAGUUCUGCUACGGGAGGCACAUCCAGCAGUACCACCUGGAAGAGUCUGAGAUCAAGGGCGACGUCCUGGUGCUGGGCUAUUACCAGUCUGCCUUCGACUGGGACGACGAGACAGCCAAGGCCUCCAAGCAGCACCAGCUGAGGCGCUACCACAGCCAGAGCUACGUCAACGGCUCCCGCUGCGACCUGACCGGCCGCGCCCGCGAGGCCGAGGUCCGGUUCCUGUGCGAGGAGGGCGCCGGGGAUUACAUUGCCCGCGUGGACGAGCCGCAGUCGUGCCAGUACGUGCUGACGGUGCACACCACGCGCAUCUGCCACCACCCGUUCCUGCGGCCCGCCCCGGGGCUGGCACCGCAGCCCAUCCGCUGCCAGCCCGCCCUCUCGCCCGCCCAGUACGUCCAGUACGUGCGUGCCCAAGUCUCUGACACCAAGAGGAAGGUGGAGGAGAUCUCGGAGGAGCUGCGGACGCUGGACACGCGGCUCUGGAGUGACAGGGACAGUGAGCCCCCCUCCCAGAGCCCCAGGGGCGGCCAGGAGGGGAACCAGCCAGAGCCAGCCAGGGAUGUGACAGCUGGGGAGCAGGAGGUGACAGCCGCAGCCAGUGACCAGCAGGACAGCACCAGGGAGCCAUCCCCGAGGGCAGCUGGCGGUCGGGCAGCUGACCCACGGAAGAAAAUCCACUUCAAGGUGAUCCGGAGCCCCGGGGACCUGCUGCAGUUCAUCGAGGAGCUGAAGGAGACCACCAGGAAGGCCAAGGAGAAGGCAAGCGAGGAGGAGGAGGAGGAGGAGGCAGCAGCCAAAGCUGCCCCAGCCCCACCAGGCCCCGCAGAGCCCCCCAGCCCCGAGGCCCUGCCUGGCCCCGAGGCCCCCCCCACGGGGGAGGAGGAGGAGGAGGAGGAUGAGGAUGAAGAUGAGGAUGAGGAAGAGGAGGCAGGGCCACUGCUGGCGGGGCUGGAGCUGCUGCCACGGGAGCAGGUGGCGAGGCUGAAGGAGGAGGUGAAGAGCCAGAUGGAGCGGGAGUUCGACAGCAUCAUCAGCGAGGUGGAGGAGGAGCUGGAGACCGAGGGGCUGAAGGGGGAGUUCGACCGGAGCCGCGCCACGCGGACCCUGGCGUCCACCCUGAGCCGCCUCAUGGACCGGCUGGACAGGGCCGAGCCCCGCCGCGACCCCUCCGGACCCCCCCCUGCCCCCGGGGGCCGCAGAGAGGAAGAGGAGGAGGAGGGAGGCGCGAGGAAGGGCAGCCCCCGGCUGGCCAAGGACGGGCGGGUGCGGGUGCGGAUGGGCAGGGUCGGGAGCCACGACACCCCCCAGGAGCGGGAGCCCCUCCGGGGGAAGCAGGAGCCCCCUCGGGAGGAUCGGGAGCCCCCCCGGGAGAAGCAGAGCCCCCCGCAGCUGCCGCAGGUGGAGAACGAGGUGCGGGAGCUGCUGGCCAAGGAGGGGCUGCGGGCUGAAGGGAAAAUCGAGAUCAAGAUCGUGACGGCGUCGUCGGGGGGCGAGGAGGAGGAGGGGGCGCAGUGGCUGUCGGAGGAGGAUUCCCGGAGCCUGAAGGAGAUCUUCCUCAGCAUCCUGGUGCAGGGCACGGAGGAGGCGCAGAAGGAGCGGCGGCGGCUGCAGGCCCUGGAGGACAAUUACCGCUUCGUGUGGGGGGGCCGCCAGGAGCCCCCCCCGCCCGCUGACUCCGAGGACCAAGAGUUCUGAUCCCCCAAAUCUGAGCCCUUAAAUCCUGAACGCCCCCCCAGAAUUGUGGCUUCAUCCCUGCCCUGGGACCGGGCACAGGGCACCCCAAGGACCCCGGUGUCCCCUGCCCUCCUUGGGGGGAGGACACUGUGCCCCACCCCGGGGUCCCCUGCCCUCCUUGGGGGGAGGACACUGUGCUACCCCCAGUGUCCCCUGCCCUCUCUGGGGGGUGGAGAGGGCACUGUGCCACCCCCAGGGGACCCUGCCCUGUCACCGGGUGCAUUUGUGACACGGAUGACCUGGGGGCGCAGGGGGGGAGGAGUGGCCGUGAUUUUGGGCGGGGAGGAGGGUGGUGUGUAAUUUGGGGGGGGGGGGGGGGGUCCUGUUGCCACUGGAGCCGUCGGUGCCGCCCUCGGCCCGGGGGGGUCUCUCUCUCAUAAUGAGAUGUCGCGGAGUCGUUCGCCCCCCCCCCCUUUUAUCAAUAAACCGAGGUCGCCCCGG